GUUCUCGGUGAAGACGCUGCUGGAGAAGCACACGGCGGAGCCCAUCGAUGACUCCUCCGAGGAGUUCGUCAACUUCGCCGCCAUCCUCGAGCAGAUCCUCAGCCACCGCUUCAAAGGCCCCGUCAGCUGGUUCAGCUCCGAUGGGCAGCGCGGCUUCUGGGACUACAUCCGCCUGGCCUGCAGCAAGGUGCCCAACAACUGCGUCAGCAGCAUCGAGAGCAUGGAGAACAUCAGCACCUCCAGGGCCAAGGGCCGGGCGUGGAUCCGCGUGGCGCUGAUGGAGAAGCGCAUCUCCGACUACAUCACCACGGCGCUGCGCGACACGCGGACCACCAGGCGCUUCUACGACGACGGGGCCAUCAUGCUGCGGGAGGAGUCCACGCUGCUGGUCGGGAUGCUCAUCGGGCUCGGCGCCAUCGACUUCAGCCCUCCAUGCUGGGGCUCUGCGGCUCCCUGGCCUCGCUGCCCAGCUGCAAGUCCCUGGCCAGCCUCAAGUCCAACGAGUGCCUGGUGAGCGACAGCAACGAAGCCAGCCCCACCCGCAGCCCCAGCUGAGACCCCCGGCCCCCCCGUCCGGCAGCGCCGCGGAGGACUGAACCUCGUCCCCUCCACGCUGGGACCGACGGAGGAUGAAGGACACGGACCCGUCGGGAUGGGGAUGGGACGUGGAUGCCCCCGUGUCCACCCGAGCUGGGCAGGGGGUGAUGAACUGUGCGGCACGGGGAACCCCGGGGAGCGCUGCUGGGUGCAGACGGAGGGGCUGGGGGUCAAACACCCCCUCCUCGGCACCCACUGCUCCUCCUGCAACACCAUCCCCACAAGUGAGAUAGGAACCCGCUCCCCUUCUGCCCCCUUCUCCCUUUGGGUUUCGGGUCGUUUUGGGUUUGGAUUCAACCUCAUCUCGCCUUGUUGGUGCAAAAGGAAUCAAUAAACGCAGCGAUAGGA